UGGCAGGGGAAGCUCCUCCGCAGUGGGGCGCGCAUGGAAGGUCGUACCAGUGUUCUGAGAUCAUCGCAAAGACGGCCUCUUUGACAGUUCCGCCCGAUAAAGUGACUUUUGGAUUUAUCCCGGGCUCCCCGACAAGAGCAAAGUCUGCCACUGAUCCAUUCACCGUAGCGUUUCCUGUUCUUCAUUCACAUCUACAAAACUCGGUCUUGACUAGUCCGACAUUAUCUCUGAGGAUUGCCGAUAACUACUGAAUCGUUUCCAAGAUCCAGCUUAGGUACCUUACCCACCUAGCUUGUUCUGUUCUGUUGUCGCAGCAGGAGAUUCCCUUCCGCUGUGAUCUAUACACGCAAUAAUGGUGGCGAUGCGCCAUCCAGCAAGGCAGCUUUGCCAAACGUUUUCGCAAACCGGAUCAUCCCGCUUUGCUGCGAAUGGCUUGAGGACAUUACCUUCGUCGGCUCUCCAGACCAGAGCAUUUGCGACGCCAGUGCCGCCCGUCACCCAAGAUGCCACAGGAUCCAAGGGCCCAACGGCCAUGGUCUUUUUGAACAUGGGAGGCCCCUCUACCACUGAGGAGGUCCACGACUUCCUGCUCAGGCUCUUUUCCGACGCCGACCUGAUCCCCUUCGGCCCGUUGCAAAAGUACCUGGCGCAAUGGAUCUCGAAGCGAAGAACUCCCAAGAUCCAGGGCCAAUACGCAGCCAUUGGCGGUGGCUCGCCGAUUCGCAAAUGGUCCGAGCACCAGAACGCUGAGAUGUGCAAGCUGCUCGACAAGAUCUCGCCCGAGACGGCGCCGCAUAAGCCCUACGUCGCCUUCCGCUACGCAAAUCCGCUGACCGAGGAGAUGUACAACCGCCUUUUGGCUGACGGCUUCGGCAACGGCAAGGGCGGUAGGGCGGUUGCGUUCACGCAGUACCCUCAGUACUCGUGUUCGACGACGGGGAGCAGCCUGAACGAGCUGUGGAAGUGGAGGCAAAGGCUUGAAGGCAAGUCGGCCGAGGCUGAUGGUGGUUCAUCCGCGGCGCUCUCAAAGGUGAACGAUGGCACAAUACAGUGGAGCGUCAUUGACCGAUGGCCCGUCCACGCGGGACUGGUGGAAGCUUUUGCCCAGAAUAUUGAGGCGAAGUUGGCUGAGUACCCAGAGGAAAGGAGAAACAAGGCUGUGUUGAUGUUUUCGGCCCACAGUCUACCUAUGACUGUGGUAAACAGAGGAGAUCCCUACCCCGCCGAAGUUGCGGCCACCGUCUACGGUGUGAUGCAGCGAUUGGGAUUCUCAAACCCCUACCGUCUUUGCUGGCAGUCGCAGGUUGGCCCCCAGCCAUGGCUAGGACCUCAAACGUCAACUUCGGUCGAGGAAUACGUUUCCAAGGGCCAGAAAGACAUUGUUCUGAUUCCGAUCGCAUUUACAUCUGACCACAUCGAGACGUUGUUUGAGCUCGACCAAGAAGUUAUUGGUGACUCCGGACACCCCGAUACGGUCAAGCGUGUCGAGAGUCUCAACGGUAGCAAGGUCUUUAUCAAGGCCUUGGCCGAUAUUGCCAAGGAGCACCUCCACAGUGGCCUUGCUUGCUCUACCCAGAUGGGCCUACGCUGCCCCGGCUGCAAGAGCGAGAGGUGUUUGGAGUCGAAGAAGUUUUUCGCCAGCCAGCAGGCGAGGUUCUCUAGCGCAUGAGGGCCGUCCAUGGUUUGAGCCUGCUUAUCGCCAUUGUCUUUUCUUUUUGUGAUAUAAAUCUUAUGUAAACAUAUUUGAGCAUCAGGGAAAGCAGAUCAUCGUUUGUCGGAAUACGAACAGGCUAAGACAAAAGUCCAAAGAUCUCAUGUAAUACUACCAAGUCGUGUGGGCAAAACUCAGUUGACAGGUGAGCUUCACCAGUGUUUACUCAGUGAACUGAAUCUAGGGGAAUACCGACCGGAUUUGCAGCUUGACGCUGCUUGCUGUCAUAACUGGAGAUAACAACGCUAAGAAGCUCGUAGAGAGUGCCAGCUAGCAAAAAAAUGGCGAUGACCUGGCCAAACGUCCAUUCGCUCUCCUCGGCCGACACAUUGUUGGCAUUGGUCAUUUUCUCCAGGGACACGAUGGCAUAGAUUGAAAACGCCAAGUACGCCACAACGCGCAAGAAUUCGGAGACGUGAUCAUCUUCCUCGGCGUCCAUUUCCGAUGCCGCCCCCGAGUUUGGAUCGGUCCAGGUCACGCUGCAGUGGCCGCCCAAGCACGAGAUUCCAUUCCUAUGCCGAUGGACGUCCCCACUCCGCCUGUCUCCCGCGCGCCGCUGACACGCCCCAUAGCACAGUGCGACACCCAGCGAGGGGAUUCCAAGGCACAUGAGCACGGCAAAGGCACCCGGUCCCACCGCGAGCGUGGCCAGGGCGAUGUAGCGGAAGACGGGGUCUGUUGCGUGGACCCUAACGCCAAAGACGACGUACACGGUCGAGGCGUUACACUCUGGCUGCGGGCCCAGGCUCGGGGCGUGGACCCAGACGUAGACGUUGAAGGCGACGAAGAUGACGACGGCCGCGGCAACGAUAACGGCAUCGACAGCGUGGCGCGCCAGCUUGCUGCCGCGGUACCGGCCGCGCGAGGCCAGGUUUAUGCCCAGCAGAGCCAGCAGAU